GGGAACAGUAGAGAAAAAGCAGGAUAUGAAUGGGGACCGCCAGCUAGUCUGUAUAGGAGGUUAUAAGUAUGGGAGCCUUCUGUGCCAGGAGCUUGGAGCAAAGCUCAACUGCUAGGCAGACCUCAGACCGGCCCUGGGUUCAAGUUCUUACGGCGCUAUCCCGUCUGGCUUCCCCUCGUGUCUUCUCUUCUCCUUCCCGCCGCGGCCUGUCCUCCUGGUUGCAUCUCCUCUCUGACUCCAUGCACCCUCAGCGCCCUCUUCCCCAGGCCAUGCCCUCCUCUCUGGGGCAGAACCUGCGCGACGUGGCCCUGGGCCUCGGACGAGGCAAAAACUUCCUGGGAGGGAAUAUUGCCUAUGGGUUCAUCCAGUCGGUGAAGGAGUGCCUCUACUUCCUGCUCUGCUGCUGGUGCAUCAAGGAGAUCCUGGACUGAGAGACUGAAAAUGCCCGGUGUUAUUGGGUCCAUAGCAAACAGACUGGAAUCCUGCAUGUUGUACUUCCAGAUGCCAUGGAGGUUUCGACGUGGGACUUGUUCGGCGUUGCCUGAAUUCCCCCCCCCCCCCAGCUGAUCUGAGACGUGGCCUGAGAUGUGUCGGAUCACGGCAGCUGUUACGCAGGCCGGAUAACAAGACGACUGGUGUGGCAGAGAGAAUAAAACCAGUGGCUGGCUGGAAAUAUUUCAGUUUCAAGACUAAUUAUGUUCACCUCCUUCGUGAACGGUUUCAUGUGACGGUUUUUAAUGAAAUCUGAUUAAUUUUUGGGUAGGACCUGAGACGGCAGUCGGAUUAGAGAAGACCGCCUGCUUGUGAAAGCGCCGUGAAAGAUGGGCACUGAGGACAGAACGGCUAAAUUCAGCGUUGUGUAAAACCUCUGUCGAAACUGGAUGCGGUUGCACGGAUUAUGACAUCUGUAAAUCGGGUGGUGAGGUUUUUUUUUUAAACUGAUGAUCAGUUGGGGUGAGGAUUUAG